CAACCGUGUACCCCGGCCUCAAUCAGGUUGAGGCAGGGUCUGUACCGGGGUGAUUUUGAGGGCCGCUAUCAGAGGCAAAGCCGUGUCAGGGGUAUUGAUAUCCCUGACAUUUCCUGCCAAAUCCUGACAUUUUGCGGUUUCGGCACCGUCCCGUUGCCGACCGGGUUGGAGGUAGGCCCUGCUCCGGGGUGGCGGCCGCGCCGGAGUUGAGGUCGCGGCAGUCAGCCAUUGGUGCGCUCCGUGCGUCCG